AUGGCCUCGAUGUCGACUUUACCCCAGCCUUCGCGGCCAGUCACAAACCCUCCGGGAUCAUUACCAACCCUCUCCAACCCCAAACCCAGAAAGACGAUAUCUUCCGACACACCGCGGGCUGCAUCUCCUUACCAGACAUCAAAACUACGAACGCCCUCCAGCCCCAAACCUUCGCCGAAGUCACCUCUAUCAACUUCCAACUCAACCUCUAACCUGCACGCGGCCCGGUCAGCUUCCAUUGGGCGCAGUCCGAGUAGCCCGGAUAAGUCUUUGCGCCGGACCAUCAGCAUUGCCUCGUUCCCUCAACCACCAAAAGCCAGCAGCCGUCCCUCCACUGCAUCCUCGAUAUCGGGAAUCCAAGGUGCUACUGUCAGUGUGCGACCCCAGAGAAGCUCGCGUCUGAGCACAGGAACCACGAGCAGCUAUCGAAGCUCGAAAACCCCGUCGUUGCUCAGUGGGGGAGGAGAGGGCAAGUUCAUAUCAAGUACGGAUGCACGAGAUCCAGAGGCAUCUCCUCCCCACAGCAGAAGUUCCUCCGCCCAAGGAUCUUGCUCAACGAGUGCGACGACAUUUGAGGAUGCGGAUGAUGGGACAGGUAAAACGGGCUCCAAGCCAAAAGAGAUCAAGGGCAACGUGCUUGUCAGUGUCCGUGUUCGUCCCGACAAUAACACUGGGGGAGAGACCCCCAGAAAUCAUGGCGAAUGGUCUGUCGAUAGCCGCAAAAGCCUCAUCUCCUACCGCGGGAAAGAAGCGGGCGAUUAUUUUUAUGACAAUGUCUUCAGUCCACAAGAAAAUAACGCCAAGGUCUACGAUUCAGCAGCUAAACGCCUUGUCCGGCGUGUCAUGGAGGGCUAUCACGGAACGGUCUUUGCAUAUGGUAUGACGGGGACUGGAAAGACGUUCUCGAUGCAAGGCACAGCGACGUCUCCGGGUGUAAUACCGCUCGCAAUCACCGACAUCUUCUCUUUCAUCAGAGAGACCCCGCAUCGGGAGUUCUUGCUGCGGGUCAGCUAUCUGGAAAUCUAUAAUGAGAAGAUUAACGAUCUGCUUUCCGCUUCUGCUGCCAACGGCCCUGGGGGGACCCAGGAAGAAAUCAAGCUGCGAGAGGAUAGCAAACGAGGAGUAUAUGCAACGCCGCUCAAGGAAGAGAUUGUGCAAAGCCCGACACAGCUCCUGCGUGUCAUUGCCCGCGGUGACCAUGCACGACGCACGAGUAGUACACAAUUCAAUGCGCGCAGCUCUCGAAGUCACGCGGUGGUUCAGAUCGUGGUGGAGAGUCGAGAGCGAGUGCCCUCGCGCAACUCUCAAGAUAAGCGCGCCGGGAUCGCCCCGGGGCGUGCCGCUGACGACAAGGAACGACGGACAGAGGGUGCCCAUAUCAACAAGAGUCUCCUCACUCUGGGCACCAUUAUCUCCCGACUCUCGGAGAAUAAGGACAAACAAGGCAAUCCCACAGACCGCGAUGGGAGGCAUCUGCCUUACCGGGAUAGCAAGUUGACUAGACUCCUACAGCCAGCUCUGUCCGGUGGCUCGCUGGUCAGUAUUCUGUGCACCAUUCAACUCACCAGCGGGAUCAACUCGCACACCGGUGAAACUUUGAACACCAUGAAAUUUGCUGCUCGGGCGAAGAAUAAUAUUGUCAGUCAUGCCAAAAAGGCCGAGGAGGCAUACGGCAGCGGUGGCGGUGAUUCGGGGAGCCGGGUACUGCUCGAACGGUAUCGCAUGGAAAUCCAGGCUCUCCGCGGUCAGCUGGAUUCUCAGGCCAAAUCCCAAGCAGAGAAGGAACUCAAAUGGGAUGAACAGCAAUAUGAAAAGGAAGCCCAGGUCCGACAUGAAGAACAAGUAUUGGAGAUGCAGUUGGCCCGGACCGCGCUUAAAGAGCGUAUCGAGCAUCUCAACCGCCUGAUCUUGAGUUCCAAGUCCACUGGGGUGAACACUCAUAACAGCCUAUCUGCGUUUGGGCGUCUUUCUCGGAUGUCUACCACAGAUUCCGGGACGCGAUCCCUACGUUCUUCCGCCAGCCAAUCUACACUGGGUGCCGGCCAUUCAUCGAUACGACCCAUCUCGUUCAUGUCGGUCAAUAGCAACGAUCCGUCGGUCAUGCCAUAUCCGGGAGGGCCAUUUGGAAACGACUCUGAGGAUGAUCUCGGGGAGUUCGGCGAUGGCAGAGCUAGUUUGCAACGACAGGUUACUGCCUUGCAAGCUGACCUCGGGGACAAAAAUCGAUACAUCUCCACCCUGGAGCGCCGGUUGCUCCAGGCAAGACGAUCCAGUCAUUCACGGAUGUCAGUCGGCGUUAAGCCGACGAAUACGACGAUUGCCGAACAUCCAGAUCUCUCUGCUUUGGUCCGUGAGAAGGAUAUGGAGAUCAAUGAGCUCCGGUUGCAGCUCGAUGACAAGGAUCGCAUGCUUGCUGCUCUCCGAUCUGCAGCCCGGCAUCGAGAUUUGGCUACUGUGACCGGUGACUCCCAAUCCUCAGACCUGAAACCCAAAAGUGGCUCCGCCGCUGGGGAUGCAGACAAUCUGGCUGGGACCGAUGGCUCUGUUGCGCAAUCUGAGAGUCCCGGCAGGCGUCCCUUGUCCGGUAGAAGUGAAAAGGUGGACGAAGGGAAAAACAUGGACGAAGUCUCACGGAUGCUGGAGGAAAUGAUCCAGAGCCGUGCAGAAAGCGGGCACCUGGCUAAGGACAAAAGCCUCGCUACUGAAAGCCGACGAGUGUCCUCAUCGGCGGAAGUGCCGGCCUUAAAUCCCAGCGCUCCCCCGUGGGAUCCAGACCUUCGCUCAUCUUUCCGGGGAUGA